UCUUUGUUUGGUUUUCUGGGUUGCUUUCGCCUUUCCUGUUUCUUAAAUUUCGCCAGAAUUUUUCUAAAACUUUCCUGGCUUGUUUCUUUCUGGAUUUGGUCUGAUUUUUACCCUAAUUGUCGGUGAUGUUCUGCUAUUGUUUACUGGCCGAUGGUUUUUUCACAAUUUGUGUUCUGGGUUUUUGGGAUUUCUGUUUGGUUGUUGGGAGAGUGGCAGCUAAGAGAAGUUGGUGGAGAGCUGGAACUGAAUUUUACCCUUUAACCGCUGUUGCUUUGUCUUGAUUUGUUUCUUUUUCUUUAUGAAAUCAAUGUUUGAUCUUUUUCUUCUUGGCAUUUAGUGAGGAUUAUUGUUUGUCUUCUAAUAUUUGUAGGCAGGGUUAAAGUUCCACCCCUUUCUUAAAGUUCCAAGUUUCAUUCCAGGAACUUGAACAUAUUACCUAUCACAUAUCCUUGCAUCACCCAAAUUGGAGUUAGCCAUAUCGAACAUUUGAGUAACUGGAGAACUUGUAAGGAGAAUGUUACCUAGACGGAUUAGAAACUUGCGCAAGAUUGUCGUGCAGAACUCUUUUGCAAGUUUGAUCGAGUUAGGUAAAUUUAAGCUUCCAUUUAGAUCAUUCUCAACUAAUUCGACUUGCAAGGAGCUACCAAGGAAGCUGAAGAAGUCAGAGAGGAAGCCAUGGGUUACUAGUGUUAAUGAACUCAAGUGUAAAGCUAGAUUGCAGAAGCAAGCUAGACAAGAGGUUUCUGAGAUCACUUUACGGCCUCCUGAAAAUGGAUUGCUGGUCAAGGGACUAGUGCCGUUCGCUCAUGAAGUCUAUGCUGCCAGAGCCAAACUAUUUACUUGUGUUUCAAUGGUUGUCAAGAGCACUAUCAUAUAUUCAUGCAGAUUAUGUGGAGAAGUUCAUGUUGGUCAUCCACCACAUAAGAUCAGAACAUGCAAUGUCACAGGUAGCCCAGCAAGCAAAGAGCAUGUUUGGGAAAUAGGGGGUGUGGAACAUGUUUUGCCUCUCGUGGAAUCUUUUCAUCUCUAUGACAGAUUAGGGAGAGCUGUUUCACAUAAUGAGAGGCUCCAAGUUGAUCAGAUUCCAGCUAUUGUAGAAUUAUGUAUUCAAGCAGGCCUUGACAUCCCUGAAUAUCCAACAAGGAGAAGGACCUUCCCGGUUUAUAAUGUUGCUGGUAGGAUGAUAGAUUUUGAAAGGAGGUUUCCUAAAUAUGAUUCACCUGGCAAAGACAUCAAUGCGUACGGGUUUUGGGAGAAGAGAAACCAGUCAAGUGAAAAUAAGUCUAUGCACCUGCUGGCUGAUGAUGUACAAGGAUUUGCUAUCCAAGGCAUGGAGGCUUGGGAGAAAAUGUGGUUAGGAGCCUCAAAACUUAUGCAGAAGUAUGCUGUCCAAACUUGUGGAUAUUGUUCAGAGGUCCAAGUGGGGCCUAAGGGUCACAGAGUCAGGAAUUGUCAAGCUUACAAACACCAGAUGAGGGAUGGACAGCACGCAUGGCAGGAGGCAACAGUGGAUGAUUUGAUUCCUCCGGUUCAUGUGUGGCAUGUGCGAGAUGUGCAGGAUGGUGGGCCGCUGGUAAAUGGUUUACAGAGGUACUAUGGAAAGUUGCCUGCAGUGGUAGAACUGUUUGCACAAGCUGGAGCAAACGUGGGAGAGAAUUACGUCGCCAUGAUGAGGGAAGAUGUUGCAGUCCCUGGGCUGGAUGAAGAAAAGUGGGUAGUGUGAAGUGCUGAGUUGAACCUGGGUGAGAUUCUGGGCAUCUUAGUCGAUAAAGAUUCUCUGAAAAGAUGCAGUCUCUGAUAAGAAACACCCACCAAUUCUGAUGCAUCAACCCAUUACUAGGAAGUUUGCUGCACAAAUGGCUAACAAGAAGCAGAGGCAACCAACUAUACCUGAGGAAUUCAAGUAAUUGGUCCUGCAUUCAACCCCUAAGCCAAGUGAAUCAGAGGAUCGUGUCAUCAUUGAGGUGGAAGACCACGAGGCAAUCAGUGACCUAUCUGUGCCAAGGAGGAAAUAGAUAGGAUGAAGGAGGAGAUGGAGAUGGAAGAUUUGGUGGAAAUGACAAGAAUUCACUCGCAGUUGUUGAGUACAUUGAUGAAAUAUAUGCAUACUACAGGAAAUCAGUGUUCUGGCCGUGUCUCACCAAAUUAUAUGUCACAAACGACGACAGGAUGAGAGGCAUCCUCAUUGACUGGGCGAUUGAUGGAUGAGACAUUGUAACUUACUGCCAAUCUUAUUUGCCCAUAUUGCCCAUAUUAUGACCCGAAACGCUUGCAUUUAACCUGCAAAUUCUGGUGAUUGGUUCUGGUGUGGUGUUCAAUCCCAUAUGCAAUAUGAUGAAUGGGUCCUUUUUAUUUUUUAUUA